GUAACACUCUUCCAUAUUAUUGUAGGUAACUAAAUGACCAUGGAAUCUGGAGCAGAGAACCAGCAGAGUGGAGAUGCAGCUGUAACAGAAGCUGAAAAUCAACAAAUGACAGUUCAAGCCCAGCCACAGAUUGCCACAUUAGCCCAGGUAUCUAUGCCAGCAGCUCAUGCAACAUCAUCUGCUCCCACCGUAACUUUAGUACAGCUGCCCAAUGGGCAGACAGUUCAAGUCCAUGGAGUUAUUCAGGCGGCCCAGCCAUCAGUUAUUCAGUCUCCACAAGUCCAGACAGUUCAGUCUUCCUGUAAGGACUUAAAAAGACUUUUCUCCAGAACACAGAUUUCAACUAUUGCAGAAAGUGAAGAUUCACAGGAAUCAGUGGAUAGCGUAACUGAUUCCCAGAAGCGAAGGGAAAUUCUUUCUAGAAGGCCUUCCUACAGGAAAAUUUUGAAUGACUUAUCUUCUGAUGCACCAGGAGUGCCAAGGAUUGAAGAAGAGAAAUCUGAGGAGGAGACGUCAGCCCCUGCCAUUACCACUGUAACAGUGCCAACACCGAUUUACCAAACUAGCAGUGGACAGUACAUUGCCAUUACCCAGGGAGGAGCAAUACAGCUGGCUAACAAUGGAACCGAUGGAGUACAGGGCCUUCAGACAUUAACCAUGACCAAUGCAGCUGCCACCCAACCGGGUACUACCAUCCUACAGUAUGCACAGACCACUGAUGGACAGCAGAUCUUAGUGCCCAGCAACCAAGUUGUUGUUCAAGCUGCCUCUGGAGAUGUACAGACAUACCAGAUUCGUACCGCACCCACCAGCACCAUUGCCCCUGGAGUUGUUAUGGCAUCUUCCCCAGCACUUCCUACACAGCCUGCUGAAGAAGCAGCUCGAAAGAGAGAAGUUCGUCUAAUGAAGAACAGGGAAGCAGCUCGGGAGUGUCGUAGAAAGAAGAAAGAAUAUGUGAAAUGUUUAGAAAACAGAGUGGCAGUGCUUGAAAACCAAAACAAGACACUGAUUGAGGAGCUAAAAGCACUUAAGGACCUUUACUGCCACAAAUCCGAUUAGUUUGGGAUUUAAAUUUUCACCUGUUAUGGUCGAAUCAAAAUGGACUGGAUUGGUCACAACCAGAAAGACAAAAUAAACGUUUUAUUUUCUAAACAUUUCUUUUUUUCUAUGCGCAAAACUGCCUGAAAGCAACUACAGAAUUUCAUUCAUUUGUGCUUUUGCAUUAAACUGUGAAUGUUUCAACACCUGCCUCCACCUCUCCCCUCAAGAAAUUUUCAGCGCCAGGAAUCAUGAAGAGACUUCUGCUUUUCAACUCCCACCCUCCUCAAGAAGUAAUAAUUUGUUUACUUGUAAAUUGAUGGGGGAAAAUGAGGAAAAUGAAAAUUUUUUUUAAUGAUUUCAAGGUUUGUGCUGAGCUCCCUGAUUGCCUCAGGGACAGAGUUAUCCUAGCCUCCUGCGCUGAAGUAAUGUGUGGGCCGCAUGCAUACAGUAAGUAAGGUGCAAUGGAGAAAUGUUGAUUGCCAAACUGACUUGUUUUCACAUUUUCAUGGUGAAUUAUGUAAAACUAUUAAAAGACAAAAACCCUCUAAAAUAAUUUUUUGAGUAUGGUUUUGAAGGAAAUAGGAAUGAAUUCGGAGUACUCUGUAUGCUUUUCUUCAAUACUGAAAACUUGUUCAUAAUCCUCAAAAAUACCCUGUAUUACUUAGAUACAGGGCGGUUGUUGCUUCUUAAUUUGCUUCUAUGUGUGUUCAGCAUUUCUGAAUACAUUGAAAGAAGUAACCAACUGACAAAACAUGGUAUUUGAAUUUUAAAUUAAAUUGAAGUAAAUAAAAGUACAAAGCUUAAUUUAGUUAGCACUAAAUCUUAUUAAAAAGACACUCACUAGUAAACCAAUCCCUUGAGUUAUAUAACAAAGUUUUUAAAUAAACACUUUUGUCCUCAACAUCAAAGAUAUUUAUAUUUGUCACUCAUUUACUGUUGCCUUUUGCAUCUACAUUGUACCAACAGGAAAGUCUUCAAGUUACUACAUAAAGCAAAGUGAUAUAUUUAUGUGUUAUAGGAAAAAUAGUGAUUUUAAAAAUCUUUUCCAUAUUAAUCUUUUCCAUUUAUCAGAGAAUCUCUAACGAAUUCUCUAAUUGAAAGGCGUUACAAAGAUACAGUCCUGCCAGGGCUUUAGCUCAGUGGUGUCACCGCCUGCCUCACAAGUGUAAGGACCUGAGAUUGAUCACCGGUACCAAAACAAAAAAAAGAUAUGGUCCUAAAAGGUCAUGUUACUUAUACACAUGAAAAGUGAUUUUUUUUUUUCAGACAUAUCUGAAUGUCUGUCAUACAACAUUUGGAUUGUCAUUCUUGUAAAACUUUGUUUUUUAAUUUUGUACCAGGGAUUGAACUUGGGACCUUGCACUUGCAAAGCAGGCAGUAGAACCACUGAGCUAAAUCCCUAGCCCCUUAAAAAAUUUGUUUUCAUCUAAAAUGGGUAGUAUGCUUUAGCUUUCUAAUAUACUUUGUAGCUUUUUUCAUUUAUAAAGCAACUACCUAUUUUAAUUCUUCUCUGGCAGUCUCAUUUGUGUAUAUCAUACAUUGUUCCCAACAAUACUUUUAUCAGUUACUUGUUUUAUUCACUAAGCCUGAUAAAUUAAAAAUUAUCCUUUAAAAGAAAAAUAAGACUAAGGUAGAGUAAAUAUUGGAGACUGACAUAAUGUUAGAUUAUAGUUUCUCAUUUGAGAAGGAAAUGCCUUUUUAAGAAAUCAAGAAGCAAAAUAUGUAUUUAGUCAUGGGUUACUUAAGGUUAAGUUUGUUAACAUCAUAAACUGUACAGAUACAAGUUGUAGUUAUUGAAUCCAUUUUAAAAGUAAGGUUUUUUAAAUUUGUAAAUGUUCUAU